AGAAAUUCCUUAUGACAUACAGACCUUUGGGAAAUAACAGCGAAGAGACGUCCACUAGAACAUUUCUCAGUGUGCUGGAAAGAGCAAAAGAGUGAAGUGAACCUUGCGUCCAUGAUGACGAUCCUCCUCAUCUUCACCCUCUCCCUAAUAUCAGGUCCAGUGGGCUGUGUUGAUGUGAUCGGCUACUCUGGAGGAAGCGUCAUUAUGGUCUCUAAACUGUCCUGGAGUUCAGUAAAUAGUAACUAUAUUUGUAAAAUGGAAAACAUAAUGUGCACAGAUAUAUUAAGGUCAAACACUGGAGAGAGCAAUGUUCAAGUGGAACGAUUCAGACUUUAUAGACAAAAAGACGGAUUUCUGACAAUGUUUAUCAGAAGGCUGAAGCCACAGGAUGCUGGAAGAUACAGCAUGCGUGUGGCAACUAGGAGCAGCACUGAUGUGACCCUGAAAGUUGUUAAUGAUUCUUGUUGUUCUGGGCCAAACAUUAUGAAUGCUUAUCAAGGACAGAAUACCACCAUCAUCUGUAACUAUCCAGCGGUGUAUGAGAAAAACAACAAGCAUAUCAUAAAAAUUGAUAAAGACAGUGUUAUUAAACACAUUCUAGAAAUAAAUUCUCAGAACGGCAGAUUCUCAGUUUCUGAUGACAGAAGUGCUAAAGUUCUCAUUGUGAACAUCGGUGACGUGAGAGAAGCUGAUGAUGGAGUUUAUUUAUGUGGAGCGCAUAUCGGACAGUGGUCAGUCCAGUAUUUCUCCUUCUUCACAGAGAUCCAGCUACAUGUUACAGCAACCACUACCUCCAUGAUGACAUCAGCAACACCAACAGAAAUCUCAUCUGAUGCAGCCAGAACUUCCACUGUCACCGUCAUCAUCAGUGUGUGUGUCUGUGUGGCUCUGCUGCUGAUUGGUGGAUUUGCACUGAUGGUCUACAAACUGAGACACAAGAGAAGACAAGUUACAGGUUUAACACCUUCAUCCAACAACAAUAACCAGGUCCCCCAUGCCGCUUGGAUCUAUGAGGAGAUUAACCACACCAACCAUGUUUCUGACUCAGAUACUGACAUUUAUAUGAAUGCUUCAUCACCCACUAACCCUGAUAAAGAGAUCUCCUCCACAGUACAACCACCCCAAGACCAAAAUCUCACUUACACCACUGUGAGUUUCAAGAAGAAUCCAGAUGAUGCUGCAGUCACCUUCAGUAAGGAGGAAUCUGCCACUGAAUACGCCACUGUCCAACACCACUCAGGACUGGAAUAAUUUGAUUAUGUUUUCAACAAAAUAUUCAUUCAUAAUUUCUUACAUUUAAUCAUACAAACAGCACAGCAGUAUUAAAUAAAUAAAAAUCUUAUUUUCAUAACCGAUAUCAUUUUGUUGGCACUUUUGAACAUGCUGCUGAAGUAAAAUAACAAAUAAAUGCCGCCUGGUAUGACAUUAAAUGUACCAUUUCCUAAUGUGA